UACUCAUUCAUCCCGUUUUUAUACCUUUUGUAUCAUGUCGUCCCCUCAAUUUCCUUAUAAACUUAAAAUAAUGGCAACAAUACACUCGGUUGAUUUUCACAAUAUCAAUCUUCAAGUCACCGUUACCAAAGUCGCGUCUCAAGUCGACGCAUGGAUAUCAGAAAUUAUCGAUCUUCAUCACCGUCGUGGACACCGUUUCAUCAUUGCUGGUCUAGACAUCAAGUGGCAUCCCUACCGGCCAUGGAACAACAAUCUCACCGCCACACUCCAAAUUUGUGUCGGGAAGAAGUGCCUUGUUUUUCAGCUUCUCUACAAGGACCGCUUUCCACAAUCCUUGGUCACCUUCCUCACCAAUCCUCUUGUCACAUUUGUCGCCAUAGGGGUCCAAGGGCACGCACAACAACUCCUCCAGGAUCACGGGUUGGUUGUGGGAAACGUUCUUGAUUUACAAUUUUUGGCAACAUGUAUUUACCGGUCAAGAGAGUUGUUGUGGAUUGGAUUGGAAACGUUGGCGAUGAAAGUUCUUGGAUUAAAGAUGGAUAGGCCGUCCAAAAUACUUCAGAGCAAUUGGGAAUUGGAUGAUCUAAGCUUUGAACAGAUUACAUUUGCAGCCAAAGACGCAUACAUGUCAUUCAGAAUCGGUUUGACUUUAGUCAAUAUAAAUGCUUGCCGACAACGAUAUGCGAGAGAAAGAGAGGUUGCUUGCAACUAAGUCAUGUGUGAAUCACUUCAUUCCCU